AUGUCCAGCACUACCCUCGUCGCAUCUUUCCGCCCACCACACCUCACACUCCCCCAUUCCUCUUUCGCCUCUCCCGACGACGACCAAGUUACCACCCCUCUCGACCCCACUCCCUCCCCCUUCCUCCCUCCCUCUGCAAAACCCAGCCCUCCGCCUUUUGCCACCGACGACCAGUCCCCAUCACAGCGCGCCGCCGCCUACCUCAAGUUUCUUUCCGACUGCAACCCGAUCCGUGUGGUAGACGACGGCCACGAGUCUGAUUCAAAGCCGGAAAGGACGGAAGGCGCGACGCGCGCCGACGCGUAUGAGGGGCGUGGUGGCGCCGAGGCUGAAGGCGAGGCUGGGGGUGAGGUCGCGGGCGGUGCUCCCAACGCUGCGUCUGCAGAAGUACAUAUACAGGUGGCAGUGGCAAACCUUUCUGCCGUUUAUUCUCAGCCGACCUUACAAGAUCCUACCCUCCCUCAUCGAAUGGCGGGCUCCUUCACCAUCCCUCCUAGCCCCCUCUCGUCAUCCAACCUUCUUUGUGCAACUCCGCCUCUCUCAACUUCUCUCCUCUCGUCUUCUCUCUCCCGCCCGCCCUCUCGCCGACAGACCUCUACCUACUACCAGGCAGUCCCUUCUCUCGCUACUCCUCGCAGAUUCGCAGACUCGAAGCAGGACGUCGCUCUCACGGCGCUGCUCGCGGAGAAAGACCCAGGUACGCGCCGCUGGACGCGAGCGGUGGCGAACAGGACCAAAUUCAAGAUCGAGGCGAGCGUGGAUGAGAGCAUGCUCGAGCGAGACUUGAAGGGGGAGGUGUCGGUGGAGAGAGUAAUUAGCUGGCCGUUGUAUGAAGUCAGCGGAGUGAUCAUGGAUCGCCAGCAGGUGGUUGACCAGCUACAGCAGAACCCCGUUAAGAUGCAGCGCAACCCCGUGCAUACCCCCAAACGACGCGCCCACUUUGCCACCGGCUCUGUCGACCAACUCGAUCACCCACCCGAGCGCGUGCCAUCCCCGCCGACUCCCGAUAUCGACCCAGAGCGAAUCUCCGGAUCCCAAGACACGAUCGAUGAUGGGCAAGUCGAUGAUCCAGCAAAGACUUUGCAGCAGUCGCAGCAGCAGCCCUCCCAAGCUGCCUUCACCGAUCCCUGUCAGCCCUCUCAGACCUCUGCAUGUCCACAGCCACAGCUACAGCAGCGAGCCCCUGCCCCUAAUCCUUUUGCUACCUCUCUCCUCCCUCCCACCUUCAUCGAGCCCCAGCACAUCCUCAAAGUCGCAGGCUCCCCUCCUCCCUCCGCUGCAGCACCAAAGAGAAGAGUGCGAUACGCUCACCGCUCUUCUUCCCGUCUCGGCGUCCACCUUCCUGCCGUCGUACCGCAGACCCCAAGCCCGACCCCUUCGGUGUUUUUCGCUGCGUGCGCGAGGGCCGAUGCGAAGAUGGCUGCUAAAGCCGGCAAAGGAGAGGAAGAGAAGCGCGAAGAGCAGGAUGAGCAGGAGACGAUUGCGGAAGAGGUAGAGUGGAAGAGUCGGAGGAUCAUGGCGGGUUUGGCAGAGUGGUUCACUGGGUGGACUUCGUCUUCGCCUUCUGAUACCAGCGAUGGAGAGGGAGAGGAUGACAAUGAGGUGACGGGAGGGAUGAAUGCGAGGGAGAUGGAGUCGCUUUGCCCUAUCGCUGGGGUCCAGGGUCAGUUCUACUGA